GAUCUUUGGUUGGGUUAAAAAAUUUGUAUGAAAUAAAAAAUAACAAAUCGAUGACACAUUUUUGUAAUAAAAUUUUACUUAAUCAUUAAGAGAAAUUUAAAAAUGGAUGAUAAGGAAAUGCUGAAUAGUGAAAAUAAUGUACCAGAAGAUAUACACGUAAUAAUCAAUCGCUUAGAAAAUGGAGAUUAUCAUUCUUCAAACAAUAUUCCUGUAAGAGAAGUAGUAGAAAAGGUGUCAGAGUUUUCCAAUCUUCUCAAUGGCAAAGGAAGAUUGGCUUUACUUCAUGCAAACGCAAGUGAAUCCCAAGAAUUGGUGCCUUUAAUGUUAUCAUUAAAAAAGAAUAUCAAAAAUACAUUAUUAGAAAUCGGUCAAUCACAAAUAAAAAAAAUCCGUAAUUAUGUUUGUCCAAAAUGUGGGGAAAUAAUUAAAAUUCCUCCCUAUGUUGAUAACUGGACAUACAUUCAAGAUCAUGAACAUUUUGAAGAAUUAUAUGUAAACUUUUUGGAAGGAUCAAUGACUGUUUCAACAGAUAUGGAGAAAGAAUCAAGAGCAAGUAUCAGUGGAGAAUAUUUGGACGAAAGUGAUUUGUUGGAUAAUGAACAUACAGAUAGUGGUAUUGAUUAUGAAGAAGGUGUACAUGAAGCUUUAUCUGCAGAUGAGGAAGAACCUCUUGGAAGUAAUACAUUCAGGUUUAACUUCAAACCCCAAUAUGAUCCUGUCGUCGAAUCAACGCUGUAUCCGGAUUCGUUCAAAUCGUUAAAAAAAUUCGACAGUUGCCAAUACAUCUGCAUACAAAAAGUUAAUUCAUACAGAGCCUUCUGUCUUCUAUGUUGCUGUGAUUUGGUUACUAAAAAUGCUGCAAAGAGGAUUUCUGUAAAACAUUGUGUUAAUCACGUUUUGGGUCAACGUCAUACAAAGGCGUGCAUCGAUGAAUUAAGUUCGAGAGCAUUGGAAAAUUAUCAUCAGUUGUUUUGGAACCUAGAACUUCCUUAUCAAGCGCACCAGGUAUACUUUACACCAAAAACAGCUACCUCUUUAGAGUGUCGCUUAUGCUGCGCAACUGUACAACACAAAAACUUAAUUGAGCAUGUACAAGGGAAAAUGCAUAAGAAUAUCAUAUUGGAUUUAUUUAAUAGUAAAAAUUUAUCCGAAUAUUAUCUGUUAGAACACCAUCUAAGUAUGUACGGCAUAAAUACUGAGAAAUUAAAACCUAAAGAUUCAACAAAAGAAACUCCGGAGAAAAAACCUAGGGAACGAAGACGGAAAAGCAGAUCCACUUCGAGAAAUGAAGACGUAGUCGAAGUUGAGCAUGUCUUUGUACGGGCUUUUCCCUAUCCUCCAACGAACACCUCAACAGAUCUUAUUCCAAACAGAUAUGCCGCACAUAUUAAAUUCUUUAAAGAUAGGGGCACCUAUUUUGGCUGUGAUGCGUGUAAAUUUAACGUUAAAAAGACUAGAGCUGAUUUAAAGAACCACAUUUUGUCAGAGCGGCAUCAGAAAUCUUCUCAAAUUAAAACGCCUGCAUAUAAAUAUUUAUGCGAACCUUGCCAACAUAUCCUGAAAGACGAAAAUGAUUGGGACAAACAUUUCAGUGGAAAUCAACAUCGACAUUCCAAACAGCCACAAAGUCGAAUGGAUAAAUUUGCUGAGUACGAGUGCACUACUUGUAAUCAUGUAAUUUUCGGCGAUGAGAUAUCCACAACGCGGCAUAAAACAAAAGCAGGAGUAGGAAAAAGAGAAAAACCCUCCGAACCCAAACUCACCGACGAAAUUAAAAACCUGUUCAAAAAUACGGAAGAUAUUGAAGAAGAAUGUGAACGAUUGAUGGCUAACAACACCUUGAUGUCUAUACAAAAAACUAAGGAUUGUACCAAACGAAUAGAAGAAGUGCUGGCAACCGUUCUAGAUCAGUGCAAAGCGUAUCCUUUUGGUUCAAGAGAAUCUGGACUUGGAAAUGAUAAAAGUGACUUGGAUUUAUACAUCGAUGUAGGAGGUAUGUAUUACGGAGACAAGAACCAGGAUGCUUUAUUUCAAGCCCAUAUUGUAAAACAAGUUGAGAGUAUUUUAAGCAAACAUCGAACUGAAUUUUCAAAAAUCAUUACGGUACCAGGAGCUAGAACCCCAAUUGUUAAAGUACACCAUAUUUCCACUGGAAUAGACUGCGAUUUAUCUUUCAGACAUGGAUUGAGCGUCGAAAAUACUAAAUUUUUAAAAAAAUGUUUGGAAAUCCAACCGAUUACCCAACCGUUAAUCUUGAUCUUGAAGAAAUGGUUACAAUUUACCCAAAUGUCAGAGCAUAUAACAACUUAUGCAUUGGCAACGUUGGUGAUAUUUUAUUUGCAAGUAAAUGGCUAUUUGUUGUCCGUUAAACAACUCAAUGAAUUAAAUCCAGAACCGGCACCAGUUAUUAGUGGAUGGAAAACUAUACAAUACACAGCGCCUUUAGAAGUUAUGAAGAGUCAAGUUAUUCAGUACAGUGGUUCAGUUGUACCUCUUCUAAAAGGGUUCUUUAAGUAUUAUGCUUCAUUUAACUAUUUUGAUGAUACCGUUUGUCCGUUAUUGGGAUGCACCAUCCAAAGAAAAUUAUUCGAGGAUCCCAGAAAGCUACCGCCAGAAAUGAAAUCGUAUGUGAAGCAAUUGCGAGGAGAGGAGCCCGAAGAGUUUAGACAUCUGUCUCCGUUUCGUAUACAAGAUCCAUUUGAUCUAAGUCAUAACCUUACCAAAGCUUGUCAAGGGGUCAGUUUGACUGCGUUUAAAAAGUAUUGUAAUUUGACAUAUGAAUACUUGUGCAAAAUAGAAUAA